CACACUCCCCAAACCUAUGGCGGCCGCGCCUCCCGCCGACCUCCGCCGCUCCGAUUCCGGCAGCUCCUCCGACACUUCCGUCUAUUACGACGCCCACCUCGACGGUACCGACGUCAAUGGCCGCAGCAGCAGCUCCUCUUCAGAGCGGCGUGUGCCUGUAGAAGCCUUCGGAGAAUACGCCGAAACCGGUAAUGGCGCUGUUACCGGAACCUCGUCGGGUUCGAGUUCGGGUCCGACGAGCCCGAGGUUGAGCCAGAGCCAGUCAUUCGCUCUAUACCUAAGCAGACUCUUCGACGAUAAAAUUCCUUUCAGAAAAAAGCUGAAGCAUAUAAACCAAGUGGCGACGGUUACGGAUAACGGAACGGUUCAUUUUGACGUGCCGGGGGAUGUUAAGCCGCAGUUACUUGAUUUUGGGACCGGAGUUGUUUAUGAUGAGGAGAGUUCCGGCGGAACGGAAGAUGAUGCGCCUGAUGUACCUCCCCUGCAAAUUGUAAUGCUGAUUGUCGGCACACGAGGAGAUGUUCAGCCAUUUGUUGCGAUUGGAAAAAAAUUGCAGGAAUAUGGCCAUAGGGUUAGGCUAGCAACUCAUGCAAAUUUUAAAGAUUUUGUCCUUACUGCUGGGUUGGAGUUCUAUCCUUUAGGUGGUGACCCGAAAGUUCUUGCUGAAUAUAUGGUCAAGAAUAAAGGUUUCUUGCCAUCAGGACCUUCAGAAGUAUCUAUUCAGAGACAGCAAUUAAAAGAUAUAAUAUUUUCUUUACUUCCUGCAUGCAAGGAACCUGAUCCUGAUUCCAAAGUCCCAUUUAAAGCUGAAGCAAUUAUUGCCAACCCGCCGGCAUAUGGGCACUCUCAUGUUGCUGAGGCACUCCGAGUACCACUUCAUAUAUUUUUCACAAUGCCAUGGACGCCUACCAGUGAAUUUCCUCAUCCUCUAUCCCGUGUCAAACAACAGAUCGGAUAUAGACUAUCAUAUCAAAUAGUCGAUGCAUUAAUUUGGCUAGGAAUUCGAGACCUGAUAAAUGAGUUUAGGAAGAAAAUGCUGAAGCUGAGACGUACCUCGUAUUUAAGUGGAUACUAUAGUACUCUUCCUGAUGUUCCCUAUGGGUAUAUAUGGAGUCCUCAUCUUGUUCCCAAACCUAAAGAUUGGGGGCCUAACAUUGAUGUCGUUGGGUUUUGUUUUCUCGACCUUGCUUCAAAUUAUGUGCCUCCUGAUUCACUUGUGAAGUGGCUUGAAGCUGGUGAACCGCCUGUCUAUGUUGGAUUUGGUAGCCUUCCUCUUCAAGAACCAGAGAAAAUGACCAAUAUUUUUCUUGAAGCUUUAAAGAUUACUGGACAGAGAGGCAUUAUCAACAAAGGCUGGGGUGGCCUUGGUAAUUCGGUAGAAACAAAUGAUUCUGUGUACUUAGUGGACAAUUGCCCCCAUGAUUGGCUCUUCCUACGAUGCUCUGCCGUGGUACAUCAUGGAGGAGCUGGGACAACUGCUGCCGGUUUGAAAGCUGCGUGUCCAACUACAAUUGUGCCAUUCUUUGGAGACCAGCCAUUUUGGGGUGAGAGGGUGCAUGCCAGAGGAGUAGGUCCUGCUCCGAUCCCGGCUGAUGAGUUUGCACUUGAAAAAUUGGUUGGUGCCAUACGGUUCAUGCUAGAUCCAAAGGUUAAAGAGCGUGCUGUUGAACUUGCGAAAGCAAUGGAGAAUGAAGACGGGGUCUCCGGAGCAGUGAAGGCCUUUCACAAGCACUUUCCUAGCAAUAAAUCUCAGUAUGAGUUGAUGCCAGCUCGGAAAGGCCAUUUUUCUAUCAGGCAAUGUUUUGGUUACUCCUAUUCAUGAUCUUAUACGUUGGCUGGUCUUGUUCCAAUUCGCCAAUUUCAUGGCCGGUUGAAAAUUCGUGAUCGUCUUCUUUCCAUCAUGGAGUUGUAUGGCAGUGAAAUCCUCAAAAUUAACACUUCAUUGUAGUCUCGGGGGGUCAUAUUGUUGAGAUUCUAUCAGAAUACUUAUUUGAAGAAGGCUUAGCUUAGCACUUUAUUUAUAUAAUAUCAAUUGAUGCACAAC